AUGAGCGUCAAGCGUCAGCAUGAAAUGGUACCUUUAGCGUUCGAUGUCAGAGCGCUGUUGUCCCUGUGUUUACAACUUGUGGAUAGACUGCCGCAAAACAUAAAACAUUUCCAACAAUUGCAAAUGUUGUCACCUAAAAUUUGUUUAAAUCAAAUUAGACCUAAAUUUCAAGAAUUACCUUUUCUUAACGAGUUUAUUAACGAAAAUGAUCUUGGCAUUUUGGAAAUGCAAUGGAAUAAAUUAUUAAACAUUAACUGGGUUGAAAUUAUUGGUGACAAUAUUAUCAAUGAUUGUUAUACGUUUUGGCCUAAAGUCUACAAAUUCAAAAAUGCAGGAGGUAAUUUUGUCUUUAAAGAAUUAGCUACAUAUGUACUUACUUUACUAUCAUUACCGACAAGCAAUGCCGUCGUAGAACGCGUUUUUUCUAUAAUGAACGCCGUUAAGACUAAAACUCGCAAUAGAAUACUGAUCAAAAUACUUGAUAGCAUAAUACGUAUACGAAUUAAUCUUUAUGCACAUGGCAUUUGCUGUAACAAUUUUGUUGUAACUAAAUCAAUGUUAGCUGAUUUUAAUUCAAAAACAAUAUAUCCAAAUACACCCAAGACUGCUAAUGACAUUAAUGUGGAAGAAGUGGAAAUAGAAAUAUCUAACAUGUUGCAGGAAUUUGAUUUGCCUUGCAUAAGUUUGUAUGAAUAA